UUGUCAAAUCCCAAACAUUCAGACCAACAGCAAAACGAUGAAAAUCAACAAGUCGACUCUCGUCUUGUCCUUCUUCCUCAUCUCUUCUCUCUUUUGCUUAUCAGCUUUGGCUGAGAACUCAAAACCUUCUGAUGGCUCAACCAUCUUGUUCACGACGAUGGGUAGCUCCACUUUCGAAUUCGACAUCUUCACCCUCCCCACAAGCAAACGUCCUCCAUCUCCUUCCGACGAGCACCGUCUCACCGACGGAAAAUCAAUCAACUUCAACGGCCAUCUCGCGUCUCCUUCUCCCGCCUUAAUCUCCCUUCUUCCCAAUUCAUCCGGGAUCAAACCAGAAGACAAAUCCCUUCUCCAUCUCCUCUACGUCACCGAGAGAGACGGCGCGCCUACCUUGCACUACGACCUCGUUCACAGCGAUAAAAAAGAAGCCAACGUCCAAGUCGAGUUACUGUCGGAUCAACAGACCGGCAUGAACGUAAACACGAUGAAAGACACUCCCUUCUUAACCGACGAGCAUCUCGUCUACGUGUCGACUCAGGAGAAGCCCGUUAAGGCACAGGCGAGUUGGGCAGCCGUCUACUCCACCGAGUUACGAACCAAGAAGACUCAGCGUCUCACGCCUUCCGGAAUCGCCGAUUUCUCACCGGCCGUGUCUCCCUCGGGGAAAUGGACCGCCGUGGCUUCCUACGGCGAGAAAGGUUGGAGCAUAGUAUCCAAGGAGCUCAGCACGGACAUCUACGUCUUCCUGACUAGCGACGGGAGUCAACGAGUCAUGGUCGUCGAGCAGGGAGGGUGGCCGAGGUGGACCGACGAGUCCACUCUUUACUUCCACCGCAAAAGCGAUGACGGCUGGAUCAGCGUGUACCGAGCGGUUCUACCCAAAACCGGACCGAUCUCCACCAAAACCGUAACCGUUGAACGAGUCACUCCCUCUGGUCUUCACGCGUUCACGCCCGCCACGUCACCGAACAACAACGACUUCAUCGCCGUGGCCACGAGGAGGCCGGGAUCCGAACUCCGCCACGUGGAGCUCUUCGACUUGAAGAAGAACGAGCUCGUCGAGAUGACUCGUCUCGUGUCUCCCAAGAGCCAUCACUUCAACCCGUUCCUCUCCCCGGACUCGUCCCGUGUCGGGUACCAUAGCUGCAGAGGCGACAGAACCGGACGAACCAACCCUCACAACCUCCUCCAGAAGCUCAAAACUACUUCGGAGGACUUGUCUCUCUUCAGAUUCGAAGGCGCGUUCCCGUCUGUAUCGCCGGACAACGAACGUUUCGCGUUCGUCACGUUCACGGGCGUUUUCGUCGUGAACCAAGACGGUUCCGAUCUGCGUCAGAUUCUCCCGCAGGUCGGGUUCGGUACGGUUUGGGAUCCGGUUCGACACGGGAUCGUGUACACAAGCUCAGAUCCAAGUCUUAAUUUCUCAACUCCCGGCUCAGUGGCGACACAUAAAAUCAAUAUCCUCGCCAUUGACGUCGACGUCUAUAAACGGAACCCGUCAGGCGCCGUUAAAAAACUAACGACUGGCGGUCAAAACAACGCCUUCCCGUGGCCAUCACCCGACGGUAAACGUAUCGUGUUCCGGUCUGACCGGUCCGGUACGAAAAACCUUUACAUAAUGGACGCGGAGAAAGGUGAAGCCGGUGGUUUGUUCAGACUCACCGACGGUAACUGGAACGACACGAUAGCCACUUGGUCUCCAGAUAAUAACUGGAUCGUGUUUGCAUCGAACCGGGAAUAUGUCGGUACGUUGUUGAUGGAUUUGUAUGUGGUUCAUCCGGACGGGACCGGUUUAAGGAAGGUGGCGCAAAACUUAUCUGGUGGUGUAUCCAUGCAUCCGAUGUUUAGUCCAGACAGUAAAAGAAUCGUGUUCACUACUACUUACGCUGGUAUCUCAGCAGAGCCUAUUGGUAACCCCAAGUUUAACGUCGCGAGUAGCGAGAUUUUUACUGUGAAUUUGGAUGGAACUGAUUUCAUGAGGCUCACGCACAAUUCGGUUGAAGAUGGACCACCUCUGUGGUUUCCGAAGAUCAAAGCUACUGGGGAUGUGGCCUGGCCCAAGAGGUUCGGGCCUAGCUGCGAUUUUGAAGAUUUCAAGUUGCAAAAUACGACCGUGAAAAUGAAUAAGCGGUCAUUGAUGUGUCCUUCACAAUAGUUUGUUAAUUUAUAACUUACUCUCUGUGUUGAUAACUUUGUUAUAGUGAUAUUGGAAUUGAAUAAAGGAAUAAUAUAUUAGUAUUGUGCCCAAA